AUGGAGCGAUCCACACGGGAACUCUUCCUGAACUUCAUGAUCGUCCUGCUUACGGUGCUACUCAUGUGGCUCUUUGUGAAGUCUUACCUGGAGUGAAAGACAAUCAGAAACUCUCGGAGCUGGUUUAAGUCUGUCUCUGCAGACAACUACCAUCCUCAGCACACCGCUGAGUAGCUCUCAGGCAAUUGAGGAUGACAUGAAUUUUUUUUACUCUUGCAUUUCUGUUGCCUGUGCUGAUGUUUGUAAUGGGU